AUGUUGUCGAUGUUGAUCGGUUUCUCCAGAGACGAAUCUGUCUCUUUGCCUUCGAUUAUGACGAAAUCUCCAAUAGGAGAUGAAGAUGUUCAUGAAAAGUGGUGUGAUGGAGAUCGAUUAGGGAGCCAACGCGUUCAAUCUCGACUUUCAUCCAUCGAAGAAUCUACGAUACAGAGUCUUCACUUGUCAGGGAGAGUUAAGCUUUCGCAGCUCUCUGAUGGAUGCCAUAGGGAAGUUUCAGCAGAGCAAAGCUGGUGGGAUGUUCAUAGAUUCAUGCUUCACUCAUUGCCAGACUGUUACGUCAGGGACAUGAAUCGAAAACAAGAUGCUUACCCUAAGAUCAACGAUGACUUUUACAGCCGUACACUCUCCGGCGGAUUGAUCACACUAGCUUCUUCCAUCUUCAUGCUCAUCCUCUUCUUCUCUGAGCUCCGAAUUUAUCUUCAUCCUGUUACUGAGUCUCAGCUUCGUGUUGACACAUCAAGAGGAGAGAAGCUACGCAUCAAUUUUGAUGUGACUUUCCCUGCACUUGCUUGUUCGAUUAUUAGUCUUGAUUCUAUGGAUAUUAGUGGAGAGCAACACAUCGAUGUGAGGCAUGAUAUAGCUAAGAGAAGGUUAGAUUCUUUUGGUAAUGUUAUUGAGACAAAGAAAGAUGGGAUCGGUCAUACGAAGAUUGAAAAUCCAUUACAAAAACAUGGUGGCAGGCUAGAGCAUAAUGAAACUUAUUGUGGUUCUUGUUAUGGAGCUGAAGCAGUAAGUUUCUUACAUGUUCUUAAACGUGCAAUAGAGAAGAUUCUUUACAAAGCUGUUUAG